AUGCACCUCACUCCUGCACCUCCUCUCUCCUCAUCCCCCCCUACCCCUCCUUACUCUCCCCCUUUCCCGCCACUCCUCACACUGCCUAUUCAUAUCACCAAUCCUCUCCCCUCCCUUUCCCCCAACGUCACCAAUCCUACUCCCAAAUUCAUCCCCCCUCUCGUCUGUGCCUCUUUCCACCUGAACAUCCCUCCCCCAAUCCCUCCCCUUCCCUCUCCUCCCCACCCCUCCCCCUACCUCCCCCUCCCCUUCCCCCUCCCUUCCCUUUUGGCUUCCGACUCCCAAACCACCCUGCGCAGCUGGGUGCACAUUUCCAAGAUACCCGGCUGGGUGCACAUUUCCAAAAUACCCGGGUACAAGGCGCCGUACCCUCUAAAUUGCUCGAAGCACUUCAGCUGCGCCAACGUGCCUCCCGGGAAGCAGCACCCGUCCAACUACCUGGGUGCACAUUUCCAAAAUACCCGGUUCGAGAAGGUCAAGUUCAAGAAGGUCAAGUUCAAGAAGGUGACGGUGGGCAAUUGGAGACUCGGGUCCUACUUUGUGCCGAAUUACAACCUCACCACUCCCUUCCACUCCUCUCCCCCUUUCCUUCAAAAGUUCAAGAAGGUCCCUCACCACUCCCUACGCCCUUCUCGCUCCUCCCCCCACCAGUUCAAGAAGGUGACGGUGGGCAAUCGGAGGCUCGGGUCCUACUUUGUGCCGAAUUACAACCUCACCACUCUCACCAUCAACAGUGGCUAUUUGACCGCCAACCACAAGACAGCGGUGUACACAAUGAACCCCAAGUGGGCCACACUCCUCCCUUACACGGACGCCAUCGUGUUCAACGCGGGCCACUGGUUCUUCCACCCGCCCCAGAACCAGUCGGAACCCUGGUACCCCAUUCCAGUCAUGAGCAAGGCGCUGGUAACCGUGCGGGACUAUUUCGCCAAGGCGAACUACAAGGGAGCAGCUGUCUUCUUCACCUUCUCGCCCGUGCAUGACAAGGGCUACUGCAACGCCGCUCAGCCGUUCCCGACGAACGUGCAAGCGGAUAACACGCUCAUGACUGGGGUGCAAGUGGGUGGGUGCUGGUAA